GAGUUUGAUAGGACGAAUCAAGCUCCGAAACGACGCCUCCCUGGAUCGUUCCAAUUCUUUUGACAGGUAAGCUAACUGACUCUAACCCACUGCACACCGUAAAGUUAACAGUUAGUUAGUCAGUCAGUUAGUUAGUCAUCUCUGCAGAGUUUAGAGAUGUCGCCUGCCAAGACGGAACAUGUCACACGACUGGCCUCACAUCGGGGCUCCGGUCAAAGAGAUGAACCACAGCCGCAGCACGCCGUGGACCAGACCGAGCCCCGCCCGCGCUGCGAGGCGGACAAGCGCGGGAACAAGAGGGUCAGAGGUGAAAAAACUCGGUCCCUUUUAAAGGUCAAACUACCGAAAAUCAACGCGCGCACUUUGUCCAAGGAGAAGGCGACACGGGAGGACGACGACGACGACAACGACGACAACAACGACAACAACAACGACAACAACAACAACGACACACCGAGCUGGUGGACGUUGGAGCCCGCCGAGAGCAGAACCACGACGGUGAGCCGGGUUGGAGGGAGCCGGGCUGCCGACACAGACGCUGACUCUGUUGGUGGAGAUGUUUUCUUCUUCUCCCAGGGGCCCACUAGCCAAGUGACAGAUGAGAAGGAGCAGAUUUGCCAGCUACUGACUCCUGUUAGCUUUUGCUGAGCUGAAGUCAACAGUCUUGUGGUUCACAUACUCUUACCGACCUACACUGUGACUGUUUGAAUGAUUUACUCAAUGUGGACCAGAACAAUGCUAUAAUUUGUACGUUAUUAUGUUUGUUCUCCAUGUCUGUAACUUAGAUGUUUUAUGACAAAUUUCCAAAGGUUCACUUUGUUUUUCUUUGCGCUGUAUGCUGCAUGGGAAAUGUGCUUGUUUAUUUUAACAUGUUUGUUAAGAGGACAUAUCAGUAAACAAUUAUUUUGGACUUGUAAUUCAAUACUAGACAAUACAUGUAAGAGUGAGUGUGUGUGCGCGCGCUCUGUUAAAUCCAGUGAUGAAACCAGUGUGUGUGCUCCUCCUCCACCAGCAUACACACACAUACGCAGGUGUGCAUUGAAUUUGCUGUAAGCAUGAACUAGACUACCAAGUUCUUCUUUUACUCCCUCUUUCUCCUGCUGGGGAUGUGACCCCUGACCCCUGUCCU